AUGGCUCUGGACUUGCUGAACUGCAGCAUCUGCCCAGGCCAACCCUCUUUCAGUGACACCUCCCACUUGCUCACUCACGUCAGUUCCAAGGGACACCUGUCCGAGUUCCACAAACUCCAAGUACGCAGCUACCAAGACAUUGCCGCCGGCGUGGAACUGGCUAAAUACAACCACUGGUAUCAGCAACAUGAUAUUGACAGACUGCUUUCGGAGAGAAUGCAAAUGAAAGAGAACAAGCAAGCCAAAAAGAAAAGAGCUUCAGCUGCGACACGAAACACCUGCGAACCACAACCUGGAAUAUUUGACUAUGUACAAUUGAAUCAACCGUUGCCUCCAAGACGACCAGGGAGACCAAAGGCCCAGACCCAGACCCAGACCCAGCGGAGAAGCACUCGAAAUAAACAGGCAACACGAGCCGUCGACGACAGUGACUCGGACUUCAGCCCUGUCAAACCUUCUAGACGCAGAACAAGUCGACUUCAAGCUUACUCUCCCAUCAAGCAGUCCCCAUUCUCUGACGAUGACUACCCCUCCCGUAACGACCGUCCAGCUGAGGAUAACCGGCCAGCUCCAGUUCUUGCCACACCAGAGCAUAUGAAGCUGAAGGGAACCGUCUGGCCAGGCAUGGAUCUUUUUGAUGCUGCCACGCAGGAGAUGCAGCAAAAACGCAAUCAGAAGAAGGACGCUUCCGUUCUCAGACGCAUGGAGAGACUCGCUGCCUUGGUUGAACCCACCGAGGUCGUCUUCUCACCUCGCGGCACGAAUGUUCUGAAAGCGAGACACAUUGAUGACCUUGAGGAUGGGAGCAGUUUGGUAGAAGGCGAGACUCCCGUUCCCAAAGUCAAGCAACCUCCUCGACCUCGCAAGAGAAGGCCACUUGCGGAAAAAGACGUCAAUGCGCCUCGGCUGGUGAAACGCAAGGUCAAAGCUGGUGUCCCAAAGAGAUAUGCUGAUCUUCCGUUCGCCCAGGGGUUGCCUCCCCUUCCAUACCUACCAAGUUCAUCCACGGGUGACUCUUAUGGAUUGGGUUCUCGCUACUUCCCAACCGAAGAUGAGGAAGAAGACAUCAAACCGGCUAUGCAAUCCCUUGCUCCUCACAAACGGCCUCCAUUCGAAGUCUUCGCCGACGGAAGUCCCACCUAUCAUGCAAGCAUGUCGAGGAGCGGGAAUCGAAACCCUCUUCAAUCUGGAAGUCGAGGCUAUGGUAACACCACUUUCCAGCAACUACCCAAGGUUUCCACGCCGUGGCUUCAUCCACCAUAUCAGUCCGCCCUGCAAUUUACCGACCCCUUUGCAUCCUACCGACCUGUAUCUCAGGAAUAUCACGCAUUCUACGAAACACACAUUGAAAACGAGAAUAUGCCACCUUUGCCUGGACCUCCACUUACCUUCCGUGGAACAGGGACAAACCCUUUGGCAUGGAAAUCUCCUGUGCGACCACCAACCGAUCCAGGACUUCCGCCAUCCGACUCGCCCUUUAGCAGUAUCUUUGCGCUGUUUCCCAGUGGAUCACCAGAUGACGACCCCUUUGUGAUGACCAAGAAUCCUUUGGCAGGAGCGUUGCCACACUUGGAAAGCGAGCAACCACAUGUCCUGGUCAAGGAGAUGUCGAUCCCACUGGCAAACACAGGAACUUCGAAUGACGCCGAGGCAUAA